AUGAAUCUUACCCGCAGGGGAAUGUACAUAGUGGAUGUGAGGUUCUGCUUCAUCGCAGCCAACGUGACGAUCGGAGGGCGCACCUACACGCACAUACAGGAUUUGUUAAAGGAUGUCUGGGAUGAUUCGUCGGAGGAUGAUGGUGAGUCGACCAGAGGAAUGUCUGGUGGAGUCAUCGCCGGGAUUGUCAUUGCCGGCGUCGUUUUGUUGAGUGUUCUGGUUGUCGCUGUGCUGUAUGUGUUGCGUCAGCGAAGGAAGAACAGAAGGGAGUCACCAGACUCUGGCACACCACCCUCGCCAACGGUGCCACACCCUGAACAGAAGAAAUCAAAUCCCCUGACAACUGUUUCUGUUGGUAGUUCCCCGCACACACCACCACCCACGCCUGUUCCUCCGCAAGACGAUGGUGCUGCCCAGGUGCCUGUUGCUGAGCAGCCGAGCAAAACAAUGGAGCGGCACAUGGACCCCACAAAUAUGCAAGAGGUGAUGGACGGGAAUUCGGUUCCUUUGAUGGACAUACACCAAAAAUAUGCAAUGGAUGCAACGGAAAGUGUUACGUCUGCUAAUAAUACGACUCGUGAGAAUGGGACAGAGAAUAUGCGGGCAGUUCGUACUAAUCCUAGAGUGGAGUCGCUAGAACUUGUAAUGAGGAUGGUGGCGAACCAUGUGACGGAUAUUUUUGGCACGCUGAAUAACGAAAGGGAAGGUGACGGCAUUCCACAAACAAUGGCUGUUUUUUCGGUUUGUAAUGCAGGGGAAGAAUUAUCCGAUGAGUCAUUGUUGGGGUCAUCCAACGUGGCGGAGCCGCCAUGUAGUAGUUGUCGUACUCCUUCAUCUUCUAGUUUGUAA